AUGAUAGCCUCAGCAGAGGCCAAGGAACGGCCGCCAUUUUCAGCAUGCACAGGAGAUGAGGUUGAGAUGGUCACUGAGGGCGGUGAAAUUGCUUUUGUCCAUCGCAUGAUCGAGGAAAGCCUUCAUCUUCGCAAGAGAGUUGUCUGGUACACCUCAAUGCUUGGGAAGCUGAGCAGUGUAUCCGCCAUAGUUGAGAAGCUCAUGGAGUACGGGAACAACAACUACGCGGUAACCGAAUUUGUUCAAGGAAGCAAGACGAAGAGGUGGGCUGUGGCGUGGUCGUGGACUGAUCUUCGUCCGAGUAUGAAAGUAGCUCGAGGGAUCCCUGGAUUCCCGAAACACCUCCUACCAUUUCCCUCCGAGUUCAUGUUUGAAAUCAUGAAUCAAUCGAUUGAUGAAAUCAGCGAUAAAAUUGACAAAGAACUCAGCAGCCUUCGCAUCCAUUGGACUUGGCGUAAGAAUCUGGCUACGGGCGUCGGAUUCGCAAUGGAGAAUGUUUGGUCUCGUCAAGCUCGCAGAAAGUUGCAGAAUUCGGCUGGUGCUGCAGAUAUGAUGGAAAUUGAGGAGGAUGGAGCGGCUCUUGCUUUCAAGGUUCAGCUGAAGCAGGAUAGACUUGAUGAAAAGAGCGUCCGAGUUGUCGUUCGUUGGCUCAAGGGAUUAGAUUCCGUCUUGUUCGAAAGCUUCUGCGGGAUGUUAAAGAGAAAGGUGGAGGGGAGAUGA